CUCUGUUUGAAUGGAUAUUAGCUAUUUGGUGAAUCUUGAAUCCUUGAUAGUGAAUGGGUUCUAUUUUCAAAAAGAUAAUUAUUUUUCUCUCCUUCCUCGUUUAGUCGUCAAACAUCUAAAAAAUUUUUGUAAACUAUUUCUAACGCAUCCAACACACCUCAUUUUAAGAUUUUCUGAAAUUCCCUCUCUUCCACCUUUUGUCAAGAAAAUCUCCAAGCCAGGAGUGCGAUCAAACACUACAUAAGAAAGAUUUCAUCCUCACCUGUCAAAGCUGAUUUUUCUUUUUCAAAACAAGCCAAAGCGAUGAAAAGAGAAACCAACAAAAUAAGCCUUUUCGCCGGAAAAGUUUACCAUUUUCGCGAGUUACUGGUUAUCGUUAUUUUUCUCUUCGGAAAAUCGCACGUACGCACCCACGCUUGGCCUGGACAACAGCAGCGCCAACCCUCCAACGCCCACCGUCCUCUCUGAGAUUGGACACUUCGACGUCUAGGAUCGUUUUUUUUUUUAGGGAGAGAAAAGGAAAGGCGAUGUGUGAGGUACGCAACCUGCAGGCUGUGUGGCGGUCCGAUCGAACGAGUCGGUGGACUGGUUUCCCGGCGGCGGCGGUACCGAGGCUUCUCUUUUGCUCGUUGCUUUGCGGUGGGCCUGCGCAUCAGAAUUUCCGGAAUUGCAGGUGCCCGCCAGAAAUUGGCCUGCAGCAUGGCGAAGUUCUCGGUAGGCGACGAGGAGGAAGCAGGCCCCAGCACGAACGACGGCGUUGAUGAUAUUCCCGAUAGGAAACGUCGAAGGACCGGGGAAACAUCUGCUGAUGGUGAGGAAUGCGGCGACGUUAAGGAUGCUGGUGGUGGAGAUGCCGAUAAAAUUGCAGAACGUGGUGAAGGAAGGGGGGCCAAUAGGCUCAUCUCCGUCGCCAUAGACCCUGACCUUCUCGAUUGCCCCAUUUGUAUGGAGCCGUUGGCUCCACCCAUUUACCAGGAAUUUGGUCUCAGGUGACCGUAGUCAUAAUUAUGUUGGGGUUGUGGCAGAGCUUGUUUUUGUGGUAGUUGCUGGCAAAUUUUCUCAAAGAGACAAAUUACUAGUGAACGUCCAGUUGGUACAUGGACAACAGAGAAGGUUCUGGUUUUUUGUUCCAGAGAAGCUUCUGAUUAUUUGUUCCAGAUCACUUGAGAUUACUUACCUGCUGUUUCUUUAUCUCAUAUGAAAAUUUUUUAAUUUGUUAUUGGUAUUUGUAUAAAAAUAUGAGAAAAUGUUUCUGUUUCCAGAUGUAUUUUGUGCUUGUCAUGCAUUGGUUGUUCGAACUAGUACAGUCAGCAAGAAACAUAGACUUUAAGGACGAUACGUUUGUUAUGCUAUGUGCUUUGUUUUAAAAUUGAUCCUUCAGCCUGAAAUUUAUGGUGAAUUGCACAUUAUCUCUCAACGAUCACCAAUUUGAAAUGGUACUUGGCAUGUGAAGAACAUUGGCUUAUCACUUAUGCACACAAACAGAUGCAGAUGACAUGUACACCUCCAUAGCACAAAGAGAUCUGUUUGAAGCCACUUCUUCCGAAAACUGAAGUGCACUGUCAGAUCAUAAAGCCUCUAAAGAUUAUACAUACUCCAUUUGAUGAACCUACUGCCUUGAGUUAGGACAAGCCCAUCAAAGCCUAGCAGGUCGCCAGAACAUAAUUUGUGUGCUCUCUUGAUCUGAUUAUCACGUCCAGGUAAGUCAUAAGGGAAUUUUCCAGCAUUACUUCCAUAUUUUCCGAGUUUUACAAAUUGGCAAUAUCCUUGCUUUAGUAUUACACUGGGUAAUAUGUGAUAUUCCAAGCACCAGUAUGUGUAAACACUGAAAGUAAUAAGAUGCUGGACGGCAACGGUUUCCUUAGAAGUAUCUGAAUAAUCUGGUAUUUCUGUCUGAAGAGCAUUUGUAUGCCACCUUAGGGGAUGGCUCUGUUAUAUGAUCAGUUGAUCAUUUUUGUGGUCUGAAGACAAGAUUUGAAUACGUAUAGACAAAAUAACUUGCAUUCAAGAUCUAUAAGCUUGAACGUGAAGUAUUUAUAAGAUCUUUUAAGAUAUUUUGAAUGAGGAAAAUCCUUAGGGUAUCAAGAUCAUGCAAGGAGGUUAUGCUUUAGUGAUGGAGCCAGAAAUUUCUGGGUAAGGGUCAGUAAUAGUUUAAAUUUCAAACUUUAACAGACACUUAUAAAAAUUAAGGAGGUAGCCCUGUAUAAAUAAGACAAUUUCUGUGGCUGGUGUAAGCAAUGGUCCACUCAGCCCACACCUGACUCUGCUACUGUUUUGUCUCAAUGGCACAUUGCCUGUCAACAUGCAGUGACUGCUUUCAAUACAGUCCUUUUUCCAUCUACUCUUAAAUUCUUCUUGCUUAGCUAGAUCUGCUGUGCAGUGUUGGAAUGGGCAUAUCACCUGCUCCUCGUGCUGCUUGAAGCUCAAGAAGAAAUGUCACACUUGCUUUG